AUGACUAUAAAGUAUUGUUAUCUUUUUUUAAUUUUAAUAAAAUUUACUAAUAGUGAAAUCUUUCCAUUUUUUAUUCAUGCUGAUCAAAUAUUUAUUAAAUGUUCGAAUGGUAAUAUCGAAUUAUUUAACGGUACAACUGAUAGUCUUCCUGCUUGUAUACAAACAACACAUAUUGAACGAUUCAAUCUUUUUCAAUUAUAUAUUCAAUGUCCUAAUGAGCAUUUACAUCUAGAAUAUAAUCGCUCAGUCACUUUGAAUGCUCAAACUUCAGAAUCUUCGAUCUCCAGUUUUCAACCACAUUGUUUCACCGAUUAUAGAGAUGAAUAUAUGAAACAAAAUCAAUUAAUUCCUUAUCGAACACGUUAUACAUCUAAUAAUGAUACAUUAACACAAAUUAUAUCAUUUCAAUGUCAAUAUAGUAUACAUUCUAAAUCCAAUGAAGAAUUUUAUUUAUUUUUUAAAUUAAUGAAUUAUGGUCUUUGUCGAUAUUCAAUUCAAUUUAUGUAUUUAAAUGGAAAAUGUAAUAAAUUUUAUCAACAAAUUUAUAAAAUACAAGCUCGAAUUGAACAUUCUAUAUGUUAUUAUCAAUUAGGACUUAAUCCAUCCGAGAUUUCUUUAGAAUUUUUCGAUCAAUUAAUCUAUAGAAAUAUGUCAUCUAAUAAACAAUCAUUUUAUUCAACAAAAUCUGUCAAUCAUACUAAUAUUAUUAUUAUUACAAUAUCGGUUACCACCAUUUCUCUUAUUUUAUGUCUUGCUAUAUCUUUAGUUAUAUAUCGAUAUGAAUUAUUUCGAUCAUCAACAAUUUAA